UCUGAGUAAAAUUUCUUCUCUCAUGGCGUACGUCGUGUAAGAUUUAAGCGAAGUAAUAAUCGUCAGCAUUUGACGCAGUGCGUUAGUUGUAAAUUAGAAAUUGUAAAGAGGAUUGGAUAGUGUGUGGAGAUAUAAUUCAAACGCGAAAAAAAACGUAUACCGGAUAUUAGAAUCGCGGACAAUUCGAAGAUAUAAAGAAAAUAACGCGGCUAUAUUUCAACGUACUGCUAAGAGACUCUGUAAAAACUUGACAUUGGAACGGCCAUUUUGGCGUGUUGUUUCCUAAUCGAGUGCUGCGCACAGCAUCGAUAUCCAUCCAUUUCAAGGAAGUAGUUGCAUUACGUCGCUUCCAAGAUGAUAACCGAAACGCAUAUGAACUCAAACCACAUGCUCAAUUCUGCUCUCAAUACGAAAACAGAAUUAGAAAAGAUGGAUGAUGUAGGUUGGAAAGCUAAACUAAAAAUUCCACCAAAGGAUAAACGCAUAAAGACGAGUGAUGUCACUGACACACGUGGUAAUGAGUUUGAAGAAUUUUGCCUGAAACGAGAGUUGCUAAUGGGUAUUUUUGAAAAGGGUUGGGAAAAACCAUCUCCAAUUCAAGAAGCCAGUAUCCCUAUUGCAUUGUCUGGUAAAGACAUCUUAGCCCGAGCUAAAAAUGGAACUGGCAAGACUGGAGCAUAUUCGAUUCCAGUGCUUGAACAGGUUGACCCUCGGAAAGAUGUAAUUCAAGCGCUAGUAAUUGUACCUACCAGAGAGUUAGCUCUUCAAACGUCACAAAUCUGUAUCGAACUUGCGAAACAUAUGGAUAUUAAAGUGAUGGUAACUACUGGUGGUACCAACUUACGUGAUGAUAUUAUGAGGAUUUAUCAAAAAGUACAAGUAAUAAUAGCAACGCCAGGAAGAAUUCUUGAUCUUAUGGACAAAAACGUUGCGAACAUGGAUCACUGCAAAAUAUUAGUUUUGGAUGAAGCAGAUAAGCUUUUGUCACAAGAUUUUAAAGGAAUGUUGGAUCAUGUCAUUUCUAAAUUGCCACAUGAACGUCAGAUUUUGCUGUAUUCAGCUACCUUUCCAUUAACUGUGAAACAGUUCAUGGAAAAACAUUUGCGAGAUCCAUAUGAAAUUAAUUUAAUGGAAGAAUUAACAUUAAAAGGUGUAACACAGUAUUAUGCCUUUGUACAGGAACGACAGAAAGUUCACUGCCUUAACACGCUAUUCUCGAAGUUGCAAAUAACACAAAGCAUAAUCUUUUGUAAUUCGACACAACGUGUAGAAUUACUGGCAAAGAAAAUAACAGAUCUUGGAUAUUGCUGUUAUUAUAUACAUGCGAAAAUGGCACAGGCACAUAGGAAUCGUGUAUUCCACGAUUUUCGAGCAGGGUUAUGUCGAAAUCUGGUGAGCAGCGAUUUGUUCACUCGAGGUAUCGACGUACAAGCUGUUAACGUUGUAAUCAACUUUGACUUUCCCAAGAUGGCAGAAACAUAUCUGCAUCGCAUUGGUCGAUCAGGAAGGUUUGGCCAUUUAGGUAUAGCAAUUAAUCUAAUCACGUAUGAGGAUCGUUUUAACUUACAUCGUAUCGAACAAGAGCUUGGAACAGAAAUAAAACCUAUCCCAAAAGUGAUAGAUCCCAGUUUGUACGUAAUAAGACCAGAAGACAAUAAUAGUAUGGAAGAAGGUAAUGUGUCCAAGUAGUUUCGAUAUGGAAUCAUAACUAAACUGGAAUGAACGCUCAAGAAAAGUUUAAAGUGUGAAAAUAGUGAUUGUGUCUCGUACAUGUAUAAGGCAUUAACAUUGCUAAGCUUUGAACUCGAAGAAUGAAAUAUAACUUCAGUUUGGAGAGAGAAUUUUUGUUGGUUGUGUGUUAAUGAUAUAUGAAAUUAGAAGAAAAUAAAAGAGUUAGAGAAGAACAGUAAUGCAAAUGACGAUGUUUAGGUCAAAAGAAGUUCUCUAUGUAGAAAACAAAGAAUUGAGAGUUCAGUUAUCAUUAUAUCAAGAGUCAUUCAUUUUACCGAUCGGUCCUUGAUACAAUGAUAACUGAAAUAAAAAAAUUUUCAUUUUUUACGUGGAACUUCUUUUUACCUAAACAUUAUUAUCUUUACUAUUCUCUCUCUGAGUUUUUCGUUUUUUUUUUUUUCUAUUUUUAUACACCGUUAAUACACAUUCGACAAAAAUUCUCUUUCCAAACUCGAGCUAUGUUUUACUCUUUGAGUUCAAAGAAAUGAGUUACUUGUAUAUAAGGGUGAUGAUGAGAAACAAUGAACUCGAUGAUUUAAGUGAUGCGAAUGUGUUUGGUAUGAGUGAUAUUCUUUGUACAUAAAUACAUUUAAAUGUACAUAAAGUAAAACACACGUCAGAGUCAAGCCAUUAUCAAGAGCACAAUGAAUAAAAUCAAUAUGCGGAUUAACGUAAUAAUAAUAAUAAUAAUAAUCACAAUCGAGAUCAUUGCAUUUUACCAUAACUGUAAAUACAGCAUGAGAGUAUCCACAACACACAUCAUUUUAAUAAUAAUAAAUUUUUAUACAAUGGUUUCAUACUUCCGAUAUAUUCCGUUGUUUCUCUUUUGUUCUUUCAUAAAAUAAGAAAAGUGUGUGGCAUAUGCGAUUUAUCAAAACAAAAUAAAACAGAAAACAAGAAAAAUGUUUUACCUCGGGAAGAGUAAUCAAUUCUACUCUUUCUCUUUGGCAUAACUAUUCGACAUGUGAACAACGUUAUGAAUCCAUGUGCUUAUUAACUUUGCACUAUAGACUAAAUACUAUAGAUCUUAAUAUAAACGCAGUCAUAAAUUCUAAAUAUCAUAUUGAAAUCUUUUAUGAUCAUGGCUUGAUUUUGCGCUCUUGUCAAUGCUAUUAUACAACUCUGAAAUUCAAA